UUCCCUCCGCCCUCCGAAGAAGAAAAUCCCUCCUUCAGCGAGAGAGACAACACCCCUACAAAGCAGCCAAAACAGCCAUCCCCACAGCCCCAAUCGCAAUCGGCGCCCCAGUAACCACAGCGCCCGCCCCGUGCGAAGACGAACUCGAUCCAGAAGAACCAGAAGAAGCAGCACUGCUAGCAGCAGUAGUAGCAGGGGAAGCGGAAGCAGAAGUCGGCGUCGAGCUGCUGGCGCCGCCCGCGGCCCCGGUGGUCGUCGGCGCCGCGCUCCCCAGCAGCGAGCUCUCGCUCUUGGUCGCGGCGCUGAGGGUCGAUUGCAGCGCGCUGUACUCCGAUCGUAUGCUGCUGCCUUCGGCGCCGGUGGCGGUUGCGCCGAGGGCGGAGAGGGUGGAGAGCGCGGCGGAGGCUUGGGAGUUCAGGCUUGCGAUGAGGGAGGUGGGGUUGCCUUGGGCGAGGGCGGGGGUGGUUGAGGCUGCGAGGAGGAGGAGGAGGGUGGUGAGCUGCAUGGUUGCGGGUUUUGGGUUUGAUGUGGUGAGGUGGAGAGAUGUGUGUGUGUGUGAAUUGAAUCAGAUGGUGGGAGCUGCUGAGAGAAAUAGAGGACAGGUAAUGAAACGGAGGAGAGGACUUGCGGUCGUUAUAUACGACUUCAGGCCCCCACUUGACGAACGGUGUCGAGACAUGACGGCAACCGAAAAUAACCAAACACACUGGUCGCGUCGUAUAAAUUUGGGUCGACGUUCAGUAAAUUUGGGUCGACGUUCAGAGGCAAGGGCCACCGGUCACAUCACAAACCCGCUCAUCUGCUCAGUCAUCGGUUCAGCCCCGAUGUUCCAGGGGAAUUAGGCCUGUGCUUUGGGCCCCUGCAUGAGCAAACGAGCGGCUUUCGCGUUCCAUUGAUACGGCGAUGGAGCCAGUGUAUUGCUAUGUUGGAGAAUC